GCAGUUUGACCAGAUUAAUUGAACGACCUGUCGGUAUAGUUGAGUCCUGUGAUCCUUAGUGACCUAGACUCCGAGAUCAAGGUUAGUCGCGUGAGAAUUCUUUUACGGCGGGUUCUAUUACCUUUUGAUAUAGGGAGAAUAAUUGACUCGAUAUAAUACGGUGCAUGUCGUGAACAAUGAAGAUUUUGGUGCUAUCUCUAAUAUGGGCUGUUUGUUCUGCUAAGCCCACAAUUUUUUCAGACCCCAAGCCCACACCGACUUGCGGAUAUGAGUCCUGUCACCCAGUAAAAGAUGGUAUGAUAAAUGUGCACAUAGUCCCUCAUACACAUGACGAUGUUGGUUGGUUGAAGACUGUGGAUCAGUACUAUUAUGGAAGUAAAUCGUCCAUACAGAAAGCCGGAGUACAAUACAUUCUCGAUUCAGUUACCGAUGCUCUUAAGAAGAAUCCAGAUCGAAGAUUCAUCUACGUGGAAACUGCUUAUUUCUGGAAAUGGUGGAUGAACCAACAUGAUCAUGUCAAACAUCAGUUCAAACGAUAUGUAAAAAGUGGCCAAUUAGAAUUCAUCGGAGGAGCUUGGAGUAUGAACGAUGAAGCAACAACACAUUAUCAGUCGAUCAUCGAUCAAUUCACGUGGGGUUUGAGGAAACUAAAUGAAACUUUCGGUGUAUGUGGACGACCCAAACUAGGUUGGCAGAUCGAUCCUUUUGGGCACAGUAGGGAAAUGGCUUCAAUAUUCGCUCAGUUAGGUUUCGAUGGACUUCUCCUUGGCAGGAUUGACUACCAGGAUAAAAGCAACAGGUUCAAGACUCGUACACCUGAAGUUGUUUGGAAAGCAAGUGACAAUUUGGGAGAUGCAGCAAAUCUAUUCACAGGAGUAAUGUACAACACUUACAGUCCACCAAGUGGAUUUUGUUUCGACGUUUUGUGUUCUGACGAACCUAUUAUAGACGAUCCUCACAGUCCAGACUACAACGUUGACCGAAGGGUGGAGGACUUCUUGGAAAACGCAAAAGAAAUGUCCAACUUUUACACUACAGAUAACGUUUUGAUAACGAUGGGUGGGGAUUUCAAUUAUAUGGACUCCGAAACUUGGUUCAAAAAUAUGGAUAAACUAAUCAGCUAUGCAAAUCUGAGACAGCAAAAUGGUUCGCAAUUUAAUUUGAUUUAUUCAACUCCUUCAUGUUAUGUGAAAGCUGUACACGAUGAGGCAGAAAAGAAGGGAAUGAAGUGGAAAACGAAAUCUGACGAUUACUUCCCUUACUCUUCUGAUCCACAUUCUUUCUGGACCGGAUACUUCACCUCGAGACCAACGAUCAAGAGAUUUGAAAGAAUCGGAAACAAUUUCUUGCAAGUCUGCAAACAACUAUAUGUACUGGCUGAUUUAGGACCUGAGGAUCAAGUAGAUCUCAACUCCUUGAGACAAGCCAUGGGGGUUAUGCAACAUCACGAUGCCAUCACCGGAACUGAAAAAGAGCAUGUGGCACACGACUAUGCCAGAAUCCUUACCGAAGCAAUUAAAGAGUGUGAAAUUAUUUCAUCUAAAGCUCUGAAUAAACUAGUCGAAAGCCAACCAUCGGAAGAUGUGAAUAUUGAAUUUUCUUCCUGUCCUUUGAGCAACGUCAGUUCCUGUCCGUUUACCGAAAAUACUGAAAAUUUCACAGUCACAGUCUAUAAUCCACUAAGCCGACCAGUAACACACUUUGUCAGAUUUCCAGUGCUAGGCGAAGCAUAUCAAAUCACAGAUGAUGCAGGUGUUCCUGUUGAAACCCAACUUGUACCCAUUGCCGAAUUCGUUCUCUCCAUUCCUGGAAGAAAAAGUGAAGCUGUUGCAGAUCUAGUAUUCCAAGCCAUUGAUAUACCACCACUUGGAUUCAAAUCUUACAACGUUCAAGCCGUAAAAAGAGUAGUGGAAACAAAAAUUAAGGAAACAAACACAGACUAUAACAAUGAUGUGAAGCUGGAAAUUGAUGAAUCAACUGGAUUGAUUUCGUCCGUUACAAUGAACAAUAUCACAACGCCACUCACACAAGAGUUCCUCUUCUACGAGGGAUAUGUUGGAAACAACGAAGUAUUCGAGAAUAGAUCUUCCGGAGCUUAUAUUUUCCGACCCAAAAAUAAUACUCCUACUGUAGCUACAAACAGAGUCAACUCUACAAUUUUCAAGGGCAAUUUGGUCACAGAAAUUCAUCAGAAAUUCAACGACUGGAUUGGUCAAAUCGUGCGAUUGUACAAGGGCGAGAAUUUGAUUGAGUUCGAUUGGGUAGUUGGACCUCUUCCUUCCAAAGGUUUCGGAAAGGAAGUCAUCAGUAGGUUCGUCACUGAUUUGAAGACCAAUAGCACUUUCUACACUGAUUCAAACGGAAGGGAAAUCUUGAAACGCGUCCGAGACUUCAGACCCACGUGGAACGUACAUCUGGAAGAGGCAGUUUCUGGAAAUUAUUAUCCUGUCACAUCGAAAAUUCUGAUAAAAGAUCCCGUCAAGAAUGUAGAAGUGGCCGUACUUACUGACAGAGCCCAAGGAGGUUCGAGUCUACGUGAUGGAGAACUGGAAUUGAUGGUACAUAGGAAUUGUCUCCAUGAUGAUGCAUUUGGAGUUGAUGAAGCCUUAAAUGAACAAGCAUUUGGAGAAGGAUUGGUGGCAAGGGGCUCACAUUAUUUGGUAGUGGGGUCCGCUGAUGGUGGUGCAGCCAAAUCCGAACGAGAUUUAGCUCAGAGGAAACUUUUACAGGCAUGGACAUUCUUUUCAACUAUUGGAAAUCAAUCACUUGAAGACUAUAGGAGCAAAUUUGCUAUGAGGUUUUCCGGGCUGCAGAGAAGUCUACCGAGAAAUGUUCAAAUACUAACAUUAGAGCCUUGGAUAGGAAUGAGUGUUCUCCUGAGACUAGAGCAUGUACUUGAGAAAAAUGAAGACCCUGUCUUGUCUCAACCCGCAGCUGUGGAUUUGAAGGCUCUCUUCACCCCAUUCGAUAUAAUCUCAAUCAAGGAAACCACCUUGGGUGCCAAUCAAUGGCUGUCUGAUAACAGUCGUUUACAUUUUGCUACCGACGAUGAGACGCCAGAAAGAAAUCCUAGAUACAUAGUAGUGAAUGCAGAAGACGAUUUCAUUAUUACACUCAACCCAAUGCAAAUCCGAACAUUCGUUGUGGAUAUAAAUAGAAAAGGAUGAAAUUGUACCAUUUCUAAAUAUCUUGAUAAUCUGCGAUGCACUAUUUUCUUGUAGAUAAAAAUCAUUUAGAUUUUACGAUAAAACUAUUUUUAGAUUAUUGA